AUGCAUAAAUUAUUUGAAGUAAUGUUGUUGUUCUGGGAUAUUCAAGUUCUAUGGAUAUCAGAGCUGAAGCCCAUAAAUUAUAGUCACAUAGAAGUUACAAAGCAAAGUGGCCUCUUUGCUUUUUGCUGCUUGGCUCUUGAUUUGCAGAAUCAUAUUUAUGAAUGGGUGAGAAAGCAUAGAGUAUAUCACAAAUUCACAGAUACUGACACGGAUCCGAAUAAUACGCGUCGAGGACUUUUUUUUUCUCACUUAGGCUAUUUACUUGUCCGAAAGCAUCCUGAUGUAAUUAAAAAAAAUGCUAAUCUUGACUCGAGUGAUCCUAUUGUUUCUAUAUUUUUCAAAAAAGAUUAUCAUCAUGUAUUUCCCUGGGAUAAUAAAACCGCUGAACUGAAUCCCUAUAAAAUCAACUUUACCUCCGCAUUCAUCGAUUUUUGUGCUUUAUUGGGAAAAGCAUAUGAUUUAAAAACCGUCUCUGAAAAAAUAAUUGCUAAACGAAUAGCUAGAACAAGAAGUGAAUCGAGGAUAUUGAUAUUAUAACAUAUUUUAAAAUUUAAUAGUUAAUAAUUGAAAAUGUAA